GUCACAGAGAGGAGGCAGAUUCACGUGUGGAUCUAAAUGCGUGUCAGUCACUUUCCCUCCAUGUCAGUGGAUCUUCGUUUCUGACCGACUGCACCGGCACAGACACAACCGGGCGGCUGCAGUGGAUAGACCGUGUUGGCGCCGCGCACGCAGAAGUGUCAGCGCUGGUUUGACGGACUGCGGUAAAACCGCUCGGUCGGUCACGAGCUUCGGAAACUAAUACAUCUGAGUGAGUGAGUGGAUUUGCGCGUGCCGGUGUGACAGGGUGAAACGGACACGCAGAUUAAUCCCACGCGAGCUCGUCUGAGCCACAUCCAUCCACCCACCCGGGACCAGCCCCGCUCUGCCCCCCCCGGUCUGCGUCCCCCUCCCCGGUGUGAGGCAGCGGUCCGCUCUUCUCGGCGCUGACUCUGUUAUGCUCGGCUGUGACACUACCGGCCGAUCAGCACCGACCACCGGCUCUCUCUCUUUCACAUGGGCGGAGACGAGGAGGGGUUCAGCGCCCGGAGAAACCGCGGAGGGAACGAGGGGAGCGGAGAGUGCGCAGCGUCCCUGGACCCGGACAGAGAGAGGAGAUAUGCGGAGCUGUUCGAGCAGCUGGACUUGAAUAAAGAUGGCAGAGUAGACGUCAGCGAGCUGAGGACCGGACUGGCAGCCCGUGGUUUACACCGGGGAGAGGCAGAGGAGAUUGUCCUCGAGAGCGACAUCAACCAUGAUGGUCUGCUGGACUUCCAGGAGUUCUCUCAGUACCUGCGGGCUCACGAGAAAAGGCUGCAGCUCAUGUUUCACAGCCUUGACCGCAACAAUGAUGGUCGGAUUGACGUGGGGGAGAUCCAGCACUCUCUGCACAAACUUGGAGUUGAGGUCACCACACAGCAGGCCUCCAGAAUACUGCAGAGUAUGGACAGGGAUGGGACUACGACCAUCGACUGGAAUGAAUGGCGAGAUCACUUCCUGUUUAACCCCUUCCACAACAUGGAGGAGAUUGUCCACCACUGGAAGCACUCCCAUAUGUUUGACAUUGGGGAACAUCUGACAGUGCCCGAUGAGUUCUCAGCGCGGGAGCGGCGGUCAGGUCUAGUGUGGAGGCAGCUGGUGGCUGGAGCCAUGGCAGGGGCAGUGUCCCGGACAGGAACCGCUCCUCUGGAUCGCCUCAAAGUCUUCCUGCAGGUACACGGCUCUGCGUCUCGAGGGAUUAAUCUGUGGUCUGGACUGAGGGGAAUGGUCAAAGAGGGAGGCGUCGUGUCACUCUGGAGGGGAAAUGGUAUCAAUGUCCUCAAGAUUGCCCCUGAAUCUGCCAUUAAGUUUAUGGCAUAUGAGCAGAUCAAGUGGGUGAUCCGGGGCAGUAAAGAGGGGGGCAGUUUGAGGGUACAGGAGAGGUUCAUUGCUGGCUCUCUGGCAGGAGCUACUGCCCAGACCAUCAUCUACCCAAUGGAGGUGCUGAAGACUCGUCUUACAUUAAGGAAGACGGGACAAUACUCAGGUUUAGCUGAUUGUGCCCGACAGAUCCUGAAGAAAGAGGGGGUCCGAGCUUUCUACAGGGGCUACCUGCCAAACACCCUGGGCAUCAUCCCCUAUGCUGGCAUUGACUUGGCUGUAUAUGAGACUUUGAAGAACGCCUGGCUCCAGAGGUACUGUGUAAAUUCAGCAGAUCCAGGAGUUUUGGUCCUGCUGGGCUGUGGCACCAUCUCCAGCACUUGUGGUCAGCUGGCAUCCUAUCCUCUCGCUCUCAUCCGCACACGCAUGCAGGCGCAAGCCACUGAUGAGGGUAAACCCAAGCUGACGAUGGCGGGCCAGUUCAAGUACAUCAUAUCUCAUGAAGGUGUACAGGGCCUGUAUCGCGGCAUCACCCCCAACUUCCUCAAAGUCAUUCCUGCAGUCAGCAUCUCCUACGUUGUGUAUGAGCACAUGAAGAAAGUCCUCGGUGUGGGUAACUAGACUGAAACAAGAAAAAAAGGACAGAAAUGGCAAAGACUCGUUACACAAGUGAGAAGCAGAGCAGAGGUGAUGGUGCAGCUUCUCAGACUGAAGAUGAACUGGAGGAAAUGGCUGGACGUCUAGGAAUAGGAGAGGAGAAAGGAGGCAUUUUUCAGAUUGGGAUGGUUCUGCUAGAGUUUACACUGCACUUUCUGUUAACACAUUCAGGUCCCAGCUUGUGUAACUUGCUGGCCAUCUGCCUGUAGAUCAUAUUUCUUUGUGUCAUUUGGAAAUAUGACUGAAAUUAAUGUUUGUCCUCUCUAACACUAUUUUACCACAUGCAUACAUACAAUGCAUUAACUUCAAGUAUAUUUUAAAUUACACCCUGGUCCAGUGCACACAGCUUAACAAUAGAGGAAUUUUAACAGACUGCGGUCUAAUAAAAUGCUGGAUGUGACUAUCUUAGAUUUUUUAGUAAUGCGUUAUUUGUUAUUUCAGAUUUUGUUUGCUGCCUCCGUUCAUAUCCAGCUGAGGUUGUUGGGCACAGGGAGAAGAGAUGCCGCUGUCAUGAAAACAGCUGGUUGAGCUGAUGAUGGCUGAAGCUUUUUGUUAAGAUAAUUUAGUAAUAUGAACAACUUUGGCACCACAAUGUGGGUCAGUGAACAUUGUUUUUCAUCCAGUUUGGGAUAAUGAAGAAGGUCUCCUACAACCAAAACCAAACAUUGAGCAGUGAAUGACUAAGUCUCUUAUUUUCUUAGUCUUACAGUCUUUCUUAGUCCUGCGAAAAAUGCACUGUGGUAAGAUACUAUGCUUCCUAAACAAGGCCUCAGGUACUUUGCACAUUACAAUCUCCUGCAUAUCUGAGAUGUUCUCUGUAGUUAACCAUACUGUGGUUUUCAAAUGAGAAUGCAUGAAACCUAUUCUUUUAUGUAGACCCUGUGGGAACACAGUAUUACCAAACCCAGAAGGCCAGAACAUUUCA